AUGACGCAAAAUGAAGGCACACUGGCUAAGCGUGUGAAUACAGACGCGCUGCAGGCGGCAGUGGAAGCACGCAAUCAGCAGAAACAGGAGAAAAACAUUGAAUGCAAUGACGGAGAAUGUCAAGAAAGGGAAAAAGUGACACUUUCAAGUUGCAUGGACUUCAGCGAUGUGCAAGAUGACGAGUUAUAUUACGUUGGUACUGCUGGAGUGAAGGUUACCGACCUGGAUGGGCUGGAGAAUUUACAAAAUCUGCUGAAGCUGCACAUACGAUCGAAUUUACUGCGGUCGAUGACAAGUGUGGCACCUUUAGUUCAGCUGGAGCACUUAGAGCUGUAUGACAAUCAAAUUCAGAAGAUCGAAGGAGUGCAAGAUCUCGUUAAUUUAAAGGUGCUGGAUUUGUCAUUUAAUGAGAUCCGCGUGAUCCCUGACUUGACUCAUCUUACAAAACUUGAAGAGCUUUAUAUAGCCAACAAUAAGCUCACGAAGAUCUCAGGCAUCGACAAUUUGAUGACUUUACGAAAAUUGGAUCUAGGAGCAAAUAGGCUGCGAAACAUUGAGGGACUUGAUGGUUUGACAGAACUAAAAGAGUUGUGGCUUGGCAAAAACAAAAUUACUGCUAUUCAAGGAUUGGAGAAAUUGGCCAAGCUGAGAAUCAUCAGUGUACAGAGCAAUCGCAUUGUGAAGAUGACUGGCUUCGAAAAUAACAUUGCGCUAGAGGAACUCUACCUCAGUCACAAUGGAAUUGAAUUGAUUGAAAACAUUGAGCGUUUGACAAAGCUUACAACGAUGGAUCUGGCUGGAAAUCGCAUAGCUAAUAUCCCGGUAACGCUGGCACCGCUUUUGCAACUCGAGGACUUAUGGCUGAAUGAUAACCAAAUCGCAACAUUUACCGAUAUUGAGCAUCUUUCUCCACUCGCAGGACUACGCACACUAUACCUUGAGCGUAAUCCAGUCGCUCAAGAUUUCGAGUAUCGUAAGAAAGUGGAAGAGUUACUGCCUCACCUCGAUCAGAUUGACGCAACGCAGACGACUAAGGCGCGGCGCAAACGCAUAAUAUAG